AUGCAACCAUCAACCCUUUUGGCCUCCCUCAUUUUGGCCAUAGGAGUAACCCAUGGGGCUCGCCAUGACGGUCACGCUGCGAGACACCACCACCCUCAGAAGGCCAAGACACAGAAGCACUCUACACUGGGCUAUGAGAAGAUAAUAAAGCGGCAGCAAAUUGAAUCUGUGACGCCUGUAAUUACUCCACCACCAAUUUUGAACACCACGGGACUACCCACCACUUUCACUACGUAUGUACUCACCAACACGACGAGCCACCGGAACAAGACUAGAACAUCGACCUCAACAUCCACGAGUUCGAGGACAUCAACCAAGAGACGGACCUCAAGCAAGUCCUCAACUAGUCGCGUCACAUCUUCAAAUACCACCCACAUCGAGCAUCGCAUCCUCAACCCGCCACAGUUCUACUUUCAGUUCCAGCGCAUUUUCUUCAUCACGGUCUUCAUCAACGGCAAGUUCUUCGCUACCAAGUAG